GUGAGAGUGAGGAUUUUCAUGGCUGGCUUUUGGGUGUGUUCUGGACCCAACAAGAAGAAUAAGAAGAAGAAGAAGAAGAAGAAUGAGCUGUUGAGAAGUGGGGAAGAAGAGUUGAGCUCCAACAGCUCAAAAUCUGUGUCUGAAAAUGGAAACAGAGUAAUGGUGGUUGUGGAUUGGAGCAUUGAGGCUCAGGGGGCUCUCCAAUGGACUCUUUCUCAUGCCCUUCACACCCAUGACACCAUUCUUCUUCUUCAUGUUCUCAAGACUUCCAACAAACAAGGUUUUGGGUUUAAUAAUAAGGUGGAUUACAUAAAGGCCUAUGAGCUCCUCUUUUCUAUGAGGAAUAUGUGCCUAAAGAGAAGGCCUGAGGUGCAAGUAGAGAUAGCAUUGCUGGAAGGGAAGGAAAGAGGUCCAGUAAUUGUGGAAGAGGCAAAGAAGCAUAAACUGUCCCUUUUGGUACUUGGUCAAAGAAAGAGGCCGAUCCUACGACGUCUGUUGAACAGAUGGGCAACCAGAAGCGAUCGGAGAGGGAGGAAGAAGAAGAAAACAACUUGUCGAGGGACGGUAGAAUAUUGCAUUCAGAACUCAUCUUGCUUGACAAUUGCAGUGAGGAAGAAGAGCAGACAGAUUGGAGGAUAUUUGAUCACAACCAAACGUCACAGGAACUUCUGGCUCUUGGCUUGAUUCUCUUUUCUUUCCCCUUUUUCUGUAACAUAUUCUCUCAUCUUUUAUCUUUUAGGGUUAAAAAGUGGAUAUCAUAUUCAGUCCUUCAAACUUGGACUUGCUAUACUAUAGAGUGAUUGAAACUGUUGCUUGCAUUUAUAGGUAAAGUUGGGAU